AUGGCCCAGAUUUACGGAGAAAUUGUUGCAUUCUUUGGCCUCAUUCAGUUCCACUCGGACUCAAUCGGCUACUGGCAUACAUUGGACUCUAUGGCACAGUUUGGCUCAGUCUAUGCCGGCCUACUUCUCGAGUCAUCUCGACAUGCUCAUGGUUUCAAGUUGCUGAUUUGGUACUUGGCCAGAUAUUCAACGGCAAGAACUCAGUUCACAGUUUGCGCUGACCAGUACUUGUGA